AUCUGAGCAAACUUGGGGGCCUGGCAGUGGUGAUUCUAGAGCUUGAUAACUCUAACCUGGAGAUAAGGAGCACUUCUGCAUGGAUUAUUGGAAAAGCCAGUCAAAACAACCCAGUUGUCCAGAAGCAGAUUUUAGAGCUUGGUGCACUGAAGAAACUAAUGGGGAUGGUGAAAUCCAGUUCCGAGGAAGAGGCAGCAAAAGCCUUAUAUGCUGUGUCAGCAUUAAUCAGGGGAAAUUUAGAUGGGCAGGAACUGUUCUAUGCGGAAGGUGGAGAUUUGAUUCUACAGGACAUAAUGAGAAACUCCAGCAUUGAUAUCAGACUUCGUAGGAAAUCUGUUUCUCUUUUAGCAGAUUUGGUGGACUUUCAGUUAGCAAAUGCGAAUAAGCAAGAGCUUCCUUUCUUGUCCAAUCCUUUCUUCUUGAAAAAUGUGGUUGAUCUGAUGAGCUCGAGGGACCUUGAUCUGCAGGAAAAGGCAUUAAUGGCAAUUAAGAGUCUCCUACAGCUCAGAACAACUGAAGCUCUAGUUCUCAAAGACUUCUGUGGUCUGGAUGGGGCGCUUGAGAGGAUGCGAGAGCAUUUUCAGCAAUUACUAUCAGAGGAAUAUGAGAGAGAUUUUGUAAGGGACCUGGAAAGCCUCCAUGGAGAAGUGAAGGCAAUUUUCCAUAGCAAGCUAGAAAAAGGUAACAUGGGUGCCAAAUUCCAGGAACACUAGCAGUUAUUGAUGGAUGCAAGUCCUAUCGUACUUCAGUUAUAGCACUUUUUUUGAUCUGGUGGGCCAGUGGACUUGGAUCUCCCUGUUAAACUUCUAUCCUGUUAUGUUAUUCGUCUGGAGGAAACAGCGGUUAGGUCAUCAUUCUGGAGUAUGGAAUUUUCAAUCUACUGAAAAAACUGCUACAAUUGGAAGUCUCUCAAUUGUAUGUUCACUUUUGUCCUUGGGUGAAUGCUUUAAUAGACUUUAACUACUGCUAUGUCGCUGUCUGGGUCUGUUUGUGAGCAAUGAAUGUGUUCAAGGGAAAAAAAGAGGGCAAAGUAAUGGAAUGAAGCUACAAAGAUGUUAAAAGAAA